AAUAGAACCAUGGGCAUUUCUUCUAUAGUUUUGGUCUUUAUAUUUCUUGCAAGUACUUCAGGCCAGAAUAACAACUAUCCGUUUGAUAGCAACAGACAAGAGGACUGCUGUGAAGAUUAUUGUUAUGUGACCGACGAAGAACCUUAUACAUUCUUCGGUACGAAAACGGUAUAUGACAGUUUGCCCAACAGGCAUUCGAGUUCCCAACACAUAGUGCGAGAAUGUUCUCCAGUACAGUUCUGGAGCAUAAUUCGGCAUGGAACGAAGUAUCCCAGUAUUGAAAAACUGAGAAAACUGAGAAAUUUGAAUAAGCUCCAUGAAGAAAUGUUGAGAAAUUAUUUGGAAAGGAAAUCUUAUCCAGACAGGGGAAGAUUGUGUACGAAUGAUUUUGAUUUGAUCAGAAAUUGGCGAUUUAACGAUAGCAUAACCGAUAAUUAUGCUAAUGGUCUUACUAGUCAAGGUGCAGAAGAUAUGAAGUUGUUGGCAAGAAGAUACAAGACACAGUAUUCGGAGGUGUUACAAAAUUAUGACGAAAGAUCGUAUUACUUCCAGUACUCUACAGAUGACAGAAGCCACGACAGUUUUCAAGCAUAUAUCGAGGGACUCUUUGGAAGUGACUAUUACAGAGUCCACGCGAAUACAGUGAAUUCUGAUAACUUAACCAAACCUGAAGAAAACUGUCCAAAUUGGUCUGAGGGCGAAAAUAACAAUCCUGCAAUGAAAUCUGAGGUGGAGCGGUUCAAAGAAAAUCCAGAAUAUUUGAAAAUGGUGAGAGAUGUAUUUCAGAGGCUUGGUUUCCGAUACUUGCUGAAUGCUUCUAACAUUGAGGAUAUUUAUGAUGCUUGUGCUUACGAAAAAGCAUGGAAUAUUCAAAGACGUUCGCCAUGGUGCAUUGCCUUCAAUAAAGAUCAACUAAAGUUGUUGGAGUAUGCAGAAGAUUUGGAAUAUUAUUACAAAGCAGGAUAUGGAAAUCAAAAUAGCAAAAGAAUAGGUUGUGCUCCCGUUAAAGACUUGUAUGAAAGAUUCGAGAAGACUGUUAACGGUAAUCCGGACGGAAAUAAGGGAACAUUUUUAUUUAGUCGUGCCACCACGUUCCAGACGGUUUUGGUAUCAUUGGGAAUAGCCAAGGAUUUCACGCCUCCUACAGCAGACAACUAUUAUCAACAAAGUAGAAGAAACUGGAGAGUAUCCAUGUUAGAUCCCUUCGCCGCUAAUUUGGCAGCUGUUCUUUAUGAAUGCAGAGGUAACGAAAAAUACAAAGUAAUGUUCUUCUUGAAUGAAAAACCUGUGGAAUUCCCCGAAUGUUCAGUUGGUCUUUGCAGCUGGACCACUGUCCAGCAGAAAUAUCAGGAAAUUGUAAGAAACUGCAAUAUCGAUUAUUUCUGCAAAGGAAAUACUGCACCGAAAACAUAUGUUAGUUAUAUAACCCUUGUUUUAACAACUUUCUUAUUUUAUGUAAUUUAAAUAAUCUAUUGUUUGUCUCAUACAAGCAGUUACAAUUUUUAGAGCCAGUUUUGGAGUAGAUGAAAAAGUCACAUUUCGGUAUUAUUCUAUCUAUUGAGUACAAAAAAACCAAAGAGUUCAGCUGAAAAAUUCAUAAAAUAAAAUUAUAUUUUCAUCGUGAAAUAAUCUUUGUGAAUAAUUGAUUGGUAUUUUUACUCCAAAUCAGGCAUGAAUGUGAAUGAAUAGAAUAAAGUACAACAAUAUGAUUUGCCAAAUAUAUUAAUCAAUAGAGAAUCAUUCAAGCAGCGGAGAGAAUCUUAAAUAAUCAAAAUGGAAAAAGGCCUUUUAUCUGUGAAAAUAAUUAUUUAAUCUGUGGAUGGCAAAGUUGAGCCAGCAAAAAACUCUAGGGUCUGGAAGGACUAUAAAUCAUACAAGCAAAAUAAAAAGUAUAACAGCUUUCCUUUAUCUGGCUUGAUUGAUUCAUGCAAGUAAAUUAUUUUAUAGUAUUUACUACACUCUAAUACCUAAGUACUCAAUAUGUGUUUAUUAUUUUGUUGUUUUUACAUGAGAUUUUAAUUUUUAUUAAUGUUUAAUUACUUUAGAUUAGAAAUAAAGUGAUUCAUUAGGAAUCAGCUAAGCACAUGCUACUUUUGUAGAAAAAUAGUAACCUAGACUUUUAUAUUUUCUUUUUAAAUAUAUGAUGAAUAAAAAUCGAAAAUAUUAUUGAUAUUCAAUAUGUGCACUUCGUCAUUGAUGUUCUCAAUUCGAAACUGAGUAAAUAUGUUGAAAAAUAUAAAA